CUGCUUGAUUGAGUCACAUUAGAGAUAACAAGUUGUUGGGGAUUUUUCCAAACGUCGAUGGGAGAAAUGAAUAGCCUAGAUAAUGUAGGCUAUAGGCUAUCUCCGACCGUAAAUCCCCCACGGAAGGCGGGCGGUCGGCUGCGUGAUCAAUACUGAAAACGAAAGUAGAAUCCUUGCCAAAAGACGAUGUCGGCGUCCGUGUCAGCCAGCAGUAGGCCUUUCUAAUCGUUUAAUGAACUGUAGCCUAAUCGAUUGAAGGAUGCAUCGGAAUUAUGUUCAAGAAUUUGUUCCAAAAUACCCAUAUUUUGUUUAUUUCGCUUCUCAACUGUGGGACGCGCGAGCAAAUCAUCUUCAGUGCUGCUUCAGGAAAGGUCCAGCGUCAUUUGCACAAGAUCCUAAAUUGGCCACAGCACCAAUGCAUCAUGUUUAAUAAUUGAAGACUAGAACUAUAUAGAGAGCUAUCAACAAUGUUGAAUGGCGUGCCAACUCAGGGAGAAAGCAUGCCUGUCCCUGCCAAAUCUAGUGUUGGAAAAACAAUCCAAUGAGCUGAGGGUUGAUCAGACAGAUCAAUCUGUACGUGCGUUGACUGAGCAAAGAGCAAAUGGCGUCAUCACCUGUGGUCAAGCAUCUGAUGAUGAUGAGGUCCUGGUGAGGGUCAAACAGCUUUAUAAAGCUGGUCUGAAGAGCAGGUUGGAGGUCCUAGCUGAGGCUGCAACACUCCAGAAGGAGCACUACAUCACAGACGGAGGAAAUGACAGGGAAUAUAAGCAACAUGAGGUUUGGCAGGUACAGUCAUUACCCAGAGGGGAAACCACAGAAGACACACCCAUCAACUGCAAUGACAUCUUUAAGCCCUUACCUGGACAGGAGAGGCACAUCAGAACUGUGAUGACCAAAGGUGUUGCUGGCAUUGGAAAAACAGUCUCCGUCCAGAAAUUUAUUUUUGAUUGGGCAGAUGGGCUAGCCAAUCAGAAUAUAGAUUUUAUGUUUCCCCUUUCUUUCCGUGAGCUGAAUUUGGUCAGGUGUGAUAAGUACAGUCUUCACAGGCUCGUGCUUUACUUCCACUCUGAGAUGAAGGAGCUGAAUGAUGAUGAACGAUACAAAGACUGUCGGGUUGUGUUCAUCUUUGAUGGUUUGGAUGAGAGUCAGUUAACUUUGGAUCUGGAACAGAACAGUAAUUUGUCUGAUGUUAAGCAAAAAUCAUCAGUGGAUGCUUUAAUGACGAGCCUCAUUCAGGGAACUCUGCUUCCCUCUGCACUCAUCUGGAUAACCUCACGACCUGCAGCAGCCAGUCAGAUUCCUGCUCAGUAUAUCGACCAGGUAACAGAACUACGAGGAUUCAGUGACCCACAGAAGGAAGAGUACUUCAGGAAGAGAAUCAGUGAUGAGAGUAAGACCAAAAGAAUCAUCUCACACAUUAAAGCAUCCAGGAGUCUCCGUAUCAUGUGCCACAUUCCAGCUUUUUGUUCAAUCGCAGCCACUGUACUUCAGCAGAUGAUGGAAAAGGACAAUACCCAAGAAAUCCCCAAAACACUGACCGAGAUGUUCAUCCACUUCUUGGUCAUCCAAAUAAAUCACCACCUCCGUCAAGCUUCGAGUGAAACUGAGAAACGGGUGGCCCAGAUUGAUAGCGUACUGACAUUGGCGAAACUGGCCUUUAAGCUUCUGGAACCAGGGAAUAUGACUUUGUAUGAGGAAGACUUCAAAGAAUACGACACUGACAUCAAAAAAUGCUUAUUUUACCCAGGAAUCAUUAAAGAAUCAGCCUUUAAUGAGAGGAAGAUGUACUACUUUUCACAUUCAAGUGUUAAUGAGUUUCUUGCUGCCCUUCAUGUGUUCAUCUAUUACAAGUCUCUGAAUGACCACUUAAGUACCCUGGAAUACCUACUUGAGAAUACCUACCUACCACUAGCUGAGUUCCUGGAGGAAAAGGUGAAUAAGGCGCUGGACAGCAGCAGUGGACAUCUUGACCUUUUCCUGCACUUCCUGUUAGGUCUCACCUUGGAGUCCAAUCAGAGGCUGCUGCAAGAACAUGGUAUUCUUGCCCGCCCGAUGGACAGCUCUCCGGGCAUAAUGAAAACGUGCCAGUACGUGAAAGAGCUGGACAGAGAAGACAUCGCUCCAGGAAAGUACAUUAAUCUUUUCCACUGCUUAUUUGAAAUGGAGGAUCACUCGUUGGAUGAAGUGAUUCAAGAGCUCCUGAAGUCACCGAACGGGAUCAAGUUGUCCCCUGCUCACUGCUCGGCCUUGGCCACUGCUCUCCUGACGUCCGACGGCUCGCCGGAUGAGUUUGACCUGAAGAAGUACAACACGUCAGACGAAGGCCGCAGGAGACUGCUCCCAGCGAUGAGUGUUUGCAGAAAGGCACGACUGGCUGGCUGUAAUCUCAGUGAUAAGCUUUGUGAGGUUGUGGCUUCAGUCCUGCAGUCCCCAAACCUCCUGGUCGAGCUGGACCUGAGCAGCAACCCCUUCACUGAUUCUGGAGUUCAGCUCCUCUCUGCUGGGCUAUGCACCUCCAACUGCAGACUGCAGACGCUAAGACUUGCAGACUGUGAACUCAGUGAUGUAUCCUGUGCAACUGUGGCUGAAGUUCUGCUGUCAGCAAACUCCCUCAAACAGCUGGACCUCAGCAGCAAUAACAUCAACGACUGUGGAGUCCAGCAUCUGUCUGCAGGACUGUGUCAUGGCGACUGCAACCUGGAGAUAUUGAGGCUCUCUGACAAUAAAUUGAGAACCAAGUCGUGUGAAGCUGUGGCGGCAGUGCUGAAGUCGGCUAACUCCCUAGUAGAGCUGGACCUCAGCAACAACGUCCUCAAAGACUCUGGCCUCCAGCAUCUCUCCGUGGGACUCGGCAGUCCGGAGUGUAAACUGCAAAAACUAAGACUUGCAGACUGUGAACUCAGUGAUGUAUCCUGUGCAACUGUGGCUGAAGUUCUGCUGUCAGCAAACUCCCUCAAACAGCUGGACCUCAGCAGCAAUAACAUCAACGACUGUGGAGUCCAGCAUCUGUCUGCAGGACUGUGUCAUGGCGACUGCAACCUGGAGAUAUUGAGGCUCUCUGACAAUAAAUUGAGAACCAAGUCGUGUGAAGCUGUGGCGGCAGUGCUGAAGUCGGCUAACUCCCUAGUAGAGCUGGACCUCAGCAACAACGUCCUCAAAGACUCUGGCCUCCAGCAUCUCUCCGUGGGACUCGGCAGUCCGGAGUGUAAACUGCAAAAACUAAGUGUCAAAGACUGCCAGAUCUCAGAGGAGGGUUUCCGUUUGCUGAACGAGGCUCUGACCUCUAACCCCUCGCAUCUGAGAGAGCUGGACGUUCGGUACAAUCACCCGGGAGAGUCAACACUGACGCUUCUGUCUGCCAGACUGAGGGACUACUACUGUGCACUGAAGACACUUUAUUUCUUUACAAAAAACUCAAUCAUAUUGAGAUCAGACAUGCAGGGCUAUUUAUGUGAUCUCACCUUGGACCCGAACACGGCAAACAGAAACCUCUUGCUCUCUGAGGAGAACAGAAAAGUGACCUAUGUGAGUGAGGAGCAGCCAUAUCCUGACCACCCAGAGAGAUUCGACUACUGGUAUCAAGUCCUGUGCCAACACGGUCAGUCUUGGCACUGCUACUGGGAGGUGGAGUGGAGUGGGAGAGGGGUCUCUAUUGGCAUGUCGUAUAGAAACGCAUCCAGAAAGGGCGACGACCGUGCUACUGCGAUGGGGAAUAAUGCCAAGUCCUGGAUGGUCGACUUGAGCACUCACUUAGCUUGGCACAAUGACAAACACACUGGCAUCCCUUACAUCCGUUCCAGAAGAGUUAGGGUGGACCUGGACUGGCCUGCCGGCACUCUGUCCUUCUACAGUGUCUUAUCCUCUGACACACUCACCCUCCUGCACACGUUCCACUCCACAUUCACUGAGCCUCUCUAUCCAGGCUUCAGGCUACUUGUUGGCUCCACAGUGACCCUAUGCCAUCCAUACACACAGUCAUACACAUGGACAAAACCCCUGUAACAUAUCUACACUCACACAUGGACAA